AUGAGUUCAGGAAACACGCUUUACAUCACUGGUUUUUCCUCUGUGGUCAAAGCAAUCGACUUGGCACCACAUUUCGAUAAGUACGGGGAAGUACGCCGUGUUGAUAUCCCACCACUUAAAAGCCCUGAUGGUCCCCCAUUUGCGUUUGUGGAAUACAAAUCCGCCGAAGAUUGUGAAAAGGCCCUCGAUGAUUUGCUCAAGAAUCCGGUCGUUUUACCAGAAGAAGAAAGAUACGUUCCACCAUCAGGACGUUCUUUCCUUAGACCUGGGGACGAAAGUGGUGAAGCGGUUGAAGGAUCACUUGUGAUUCAGAUGGCAAGAACCAACCCACGUCCAAGAGGAUCCAGACCUCCUUAUAGAAGAGGCGGGUAUGGGUACGAAAGAAGAGACGACUAUGACAGAAGAGAUGAUUAUGACAGAAGAGGUGGUUACGAAAGAAGAGGUGGUUACAGAGAUAGAGGCUACAGCGAUCGUCCUCCAAGAAGAGAUGAUUAUGACAGAAGAGGUGGUUACGAAAGAAGAGGUGGUUACAGAGACAGAGGUUACAGUGAUCGUCCUCCAAGAAGAGAUGAUUAUGAAAGAAGAGGUGGCGACUAUGAAAGAAGAGGUGGCGACUAUGAAAGAAGAGGUGGUGAUUAUGACAGAGAUGGCGGAAGAGAAAGACGCGAAGAUGGUUACAGAUCACCAAGAGGAGAUUAUGAGAGGGAAAGAAGUCCAGUGAGAGAACAACGCUCUCCAAGAGAAGAUUACCAGGAGUAA